UUCACAAUGCUGCCCUACUUUAGCAUAUGUGCUCUUCUUAUAGUCACUAUUACCCUGAGCCCUGCGACUGCUGCACCAUGGAAUGAAAAACAUGCUACCAGAGAAUAUGUCUAUCCUCCUCUGUGGGAACUUGCCCCUGAAAAUCUGUUGGAUUUCCCAGUAAAGGGCAACAAAAUUGUCAUCAAUGCUUGGAACUAUCAAGAACGGCUGGGAAUGUAUAAGAACUUGCUAAAAUCUUCAGCCAAAUAUUUUACUGCUUUUGGAUCACAAAAUAUUGGCAAUAUUCUCUGGGGAUUACCGUCGCAGCAUGGGUGGCAGUUUCAUACAGGCAGAUUAGCAGAUCCUUCCAGAGCAACUUCCUGUGGCUAUGAAGAUGGAGAUCUCCUGUGCAUAUCUGUAAGAAGCUGGUGGUCCAAUAUAAAUUACUACCUGGCUGUCAUACCCUUUCUGGCAGCAGUGGAGGCUGGCCUCUUUGGGCAGCUGCAGUACCAGAUAGAAAUAUUGCCACCAGAGGAGCAAAGAGCUGAUUUCUGUUACAGUGUUGCCGACUGCCGGUCUCAGGUUCCCAACCUCAUGGAUGAAUGGAAGGCCUACUUUGAAUAUCUAUUAUCAACUGAACACAAAGCCGUGAGGCCUGCAACCUUCUCCUCCUUCCAACUGGAUGAUGCCCUUGGUCUCAUGUGGAAGGCGCACACCACCUCCAAUGCUUAUGCGGUGCCCAAGUUCCAGGACAACUUAAAAUAUCUCUCUGUUCCAGAAGAAAAUUUUGGUAUAGACUGGGCUACCGGUGUAGAUUUCAUUGCAGCCACAUACUUCUCUACAGAUUUACCAACCGUGAAUAGCUUCCAGGCUUUCCUGCCCCAGAGGAUGCUCGUUGAAGGGGAUGUCCCCCCAUUCAUUAGUGACUUCAGUCCACAGCAAAACAGAGUCCUGCUUUCACUGAAAGUUCUUUCCAAAGCAAAUGAAUUAACAGGAGGAUUGCUGUUGAAGCUCUGGGAAAAGUCUAUGUCUACUGAAGCAGGAAGAGAAAUGGGGAGAAAACUGAUUGAAGGCUUGGUUUCAGGCCAGAAGUUUGACUGGUGGGAAUAUAUAAUUAUUUGAAAGGAGCAGAUUUGAAAGCAUCCAGUUUCUUGAGAAAAAGCAGUUCCGGUAUUCUUUGAUUUAAUGUUUUAGCAGGUAUGUGUCUGGUAAUCUGGUUUUGGUAAUGCCUUACAUCAGAAUUUCCUGAGUAGCCAUGUGUACAUCUCUCUCAUAUUGAAUCAAUAUUUUUGUCUUUAAUUUUCCUAAUUAGCUCAUUUGUUUAACUCAAUUCCUUACAAAUGAAAGGCCUCACAGAAAAUCUUACUUUAUUACUUUUUUUUUACUUCAAAUAUAAUGUAUCAUGAUUGGAGACAAAAUUAAAUAAAAGCAAAUUAUAUUCUG